GAAGGCCUUCAAACCAACUCAGCUCAUGGAACCUCAUUCCUAGUCUUAAUAUCUAAUACAUCGCUAUAUAGAGCAAGUCUCUACUUUGGAGCGUUAUAUACCGGACUCACACCGGUGCCUCGGCUGUCAUAACAGCCAGCAAAGAUCAUGGCGUCCCCGCAGACCCCGCCCCCAGAUGUCCACAAAAGCAUUCGUCCCAGCGAGGAGGAGACCACCACGAGAUAUGCCCACUCCAUCGCGGAAACAACAUCUUCCGACGAGACUGCCGAUCAGAUAGAGGCUCUGGCCAACAUCAAUACGAGGACAUCGCGCAUCUCGAUACCCUCACUAGCGCGAAAGGUGACAUCGAUUGGCACUACUGGGACAACCGACCCGAACUAUGAGGUCGACUGGGAGGAUGAAUUCGACAGGACCAACCCGAAGAACUGGUCCCUCGGAUACAAAGCCAUGGGGAUGUUCUUUCUUUCGUACAACACCCUGAUUAUAGUUCUCUAUUCAACCUCCUACACAUCUGGCAUUUCUCAAAUUGCCGCCGAGUUUGGCGCCUCCACCACAGUGGUCACUCUGGGACUGACCAUGUACCUGAUCGGGCUUGCCAUCGGGUCUAUGUUCAUGGCUCCAUUGAGUGAACUCUACGGGCGAAAGCCCGUUUCUGUCGGAUGCCUUGCAAUCUUCACAAUCAUGAUCAUCCCCUGCGCAGUCAGCAAGAACCUAGCCACCUUGAUUGUGUGCCGCUUCAUUGGAGCGCUUUUCGGCAGUGUGAUGAUCUCGACGGCGCCAGGUAUGGUUGCGGAUAUCUCGCACGAUGAUCAGCGGGCACUGGCAAUGUCGAUUUGGAGUAUUGGUCCCCUCAAUGGUCCAGUGGUCGGUCCCAUAGUCGGAGGGUUCGUGACGCAGUACUUGGGCUGGCGUUGGAUGGAUUGGAUUGCCUUGAUCUUGUCAGGGGUUGCGUUAAUCCUUUCGUGCAUACUCAAGGAGACCUAUGGGCCCAUUAUCCUCCAGCAAAAGGCGGCCCGUUUGCGCAAAGAAACUGGUGAAUCGCGUUGGUGGUGCCGUUACGACCAGAAGGCUAGUCUGAAGGAACUGCUGACGGUCAAUCUGAGUCGUCCAUUUGUCAUGGCCGUCACUGAGCCGAUCUGUAUCUUUUGGAACAUCUACAUUGCCAUCGUCUAUGGCAUUCUGUACCUAUGCUUCACAGCUUACCCCAUUGUCUUCCGCCAGAUCCGCGGCUGGUCUCUCGGCUUAUCCGGUCUAGCCUUCUUAGGUAUUGGAACUGGGUGCUUGAUCACCAUCGCCUGCGAACCGCUCAUCCGCCGCAUGAUCAACAGCCACAAGAUCGACCCGGAAACCGGCAAGCCCGCCCCGGAAGCCAUGGUGUCGAUCGUCUGUAUCUCCGCGCUUCUGAUCCCCGCGGGGGAGCUCUGGUUUGCGUGGACCGGCUCUCCGGCCUCGGUCCAUUGGAUCGUCCCGAUCCUGGCGGGGAUCCCCUUCGGUGCGGGUAACACGGGGGUAUUCAUCUAUGCGACGAACUACCUGGCGGGCAGCUAUGGCGUCUAUGCGGCGUCGGCCAUGGCAGGUAACUCGGUCAUCCGAAGUAUCCUGGGCGGCGUGUUGCCUUUGGUGGGGACGUACAUGUACUCGGGCAUCGGGCCGAACUGGUCUGGUACGUUGCUGGGAUUGUUGGAGGUUCUGAUUGUCCCAAUUCCGUUCGUGUUCUAUAAGUAUGGAUACAAGAUUCGAGAGAGGAGUACUCUCAUUCGGCGGAUGCAGGAGGACAAGAAGCAUUUGGAGAUGAAACGAAAGCGACAAAUGCAACGAGGUGAGAGGGGGGCUGUGUCAGAGAAAACAAAGAUGGAGGUUUAAUUUGGAAAGGGAUUUUUGCAUUGAGAGGAGCAUGCAUGAAUUGGAGAGAGAAUCAUACGCUCAUGUGUUUUCCCCAUAAAGAAAUCUCUGCAUGG